GUCCUGAGAUACUGCAGCACAUAUCCUUGCCCCUUCUAUAUAAACCAAGAUUUGCACCACUGCAUCCCAUCAUACAUACCAGCAUCAUCUCAAGAGGAGAGCCUUGACCUGAACCUAAACCUCUCGCAUUGCUCCUGUUCUGGUGGAUGCCAUGGAGCAGGGGAAGAAGAAGCACGCGGGGAGGCUGCAGAAGGUUCUGAGGGAGCAGAAGGCCAGGGUCUACAUCAUCCGCCGCUGCGUCGUCAUGCUUCUCUGCUGGAGUGACUGAUCUGGGCUCAUUAGAGGCACAGCCACAAUGUUCCUUCCCUUCAUUAAUUCUCUCCUGCUUUCCUCUCCAUGUUUUUUUUCACAUUGGCCUUUACCCUAUGAUGAAGGUUCUCUGUUUUUCUUGCCUCCUUGCAAUGGCAAGGGUGACUGAUGUUGUAAAGUUGGAGGGUGUUAAUACGGACUAACAGUAUGCUUUUUCCUCUGGAACUCGAUCUUUGCGGCUGCUUGAGCUUCACAAAGGCCUGAGUU